AUGGAAUGCCGCAAUCAUGUAACACCAAAAUUUGUGGUGACAGAUGGAGAUGGAGCUAUCAAAAAUGUUGUCUUGAAGUACUUCCCAAAUGCAACUCAUCGGUUGUGUGCGUGGCACCUGUGUACCAAUGCUUUAAAAAUUUCAAAAGACUCCCGAUUCUUACAAGGAUUUCAAGAUGUCAUGUACAACUAUUACACAAUAGAGGAAUUCAUGCAGAAAUGGGGGGAAUUAAUACACAAUUUUGACCUCCAUUCUAGCCAAUGGUGCACCAACACUUAUCACAGUCGUCGUUCAUGGGCAGAGACAUACCUAAGAGGGAAAUUUGUCGCUGGAAUGUGGACCAACCAAAGAUGUGAGUCCAUGAAUUCAAGUAUUAAAAAAUUCCUACAUGCAAGUUAUAGUCUCCGUGAAUUCGUUACCUCGAUUAACAUUUCUAUGACAAAGUUGAGGCACAUCGAGAGAGAAGAUGAUUACAAUAGUCGACACAGUAGUCCUCCAAUACCAGGUCCCAAAAAUGCUCUUAAGACGUACCAUGAGCGGUGUGCCAAAUUAUACACUAGAAAUAUGUACUAUAAAGUGGCUGAUCAAAUCAAAGCGGAACAUGCGUACUUUGUCAACAAUUGUGAAGACAAUGGUGAAUCAUUCUCCUACAGUUUGUCAAAGUUCCAACACGAGGAUAGAGUGUACAACGUUCAUUACCACCCACAAGAGGAGACAUUCACCUGUCACUGCUUGCUUUUUGAGACAGACGGCUAUCCGUGUAGACAUAUUUGGGCUGUAAUGAAAUACCGUCAUAUGAAGAUAGUACCAGAGUCUCUCCUGCUGAAAGGGUGGAGUAAGAAUGCAAAAGCAGACCUCCCACUCGAACUAAAGCAACACUCCACAGAAAAGCAAUAG